AUGUCGGAGACUUGCCAAACCCCAGAACUCGUUCAUUCCGAAACGCGACACUGUUCUCCAGUUGUUCAGGGGGAUGAGUCGAAACAGCGGACUCCGGGAGGUGCAGCAGCUGGUAGCGGACACAAUAACUCUUUGGUUCUCACUAUUGGAUACAGAAUUGAUUCGAAAGUCAGUUCUACCAAAAAAAUGCCGUAUGUGAAACGUUUUGUGGAAAACGGAAAAGUGAUGGUUAGCAAAGAAAAGGGAACAAAAAAGAUGAAGUCAAAACAAACGAAAGAAUCGUUGCCUCGUAUCAACCUUGGAGUUUUGCCAAAUGGAAAGAAUCUGAUUCUUUACAACUGCCCAAUGAGAUCUCCCACUCGUGAUGACCAAGCAAACAGCGAUACUGAAACUGAUAACUGA